AAGUUUUAAGUAAACGUCAUAAUUUCAUAGAAGUUUGACGUUUAAAAUAACACUUGCACUAUCUGGUCUGUCAAAAUCGCUGCCAUCUUAUCUUGGUCUGACUCUAAGCAUGAUUGUGAACAGCGCAUCGGUAAAUUGCCUAAUUAAUUUGCGCGACCUGUGUGAUUUGUAUAUGUUGUUUUCAUUUGGCUACGGAACCCUAAAAAUGUAAAAAAGCUAAUAUUUUUGUAUUUCUUUUCGACGGAUGGAGAUCAAAUCGAUAAAAUGUUAUGUUUAUACAUUAAUGUAAUUUACGAGAUAAUUUAAUCUAUAAAUUAUGUUUGGUGUGACAAAACCUCUUUGAACUAACAUUUGAAUCCUAAUAGUUGGUUAAAAAAAAUGUAUUACUCGACCAAAUUGAGAAGGCUCCGUUUCCAUGCAUAUUAUUUGCAAUCAGUUACCUUCUUAACUCAGUCGGAUAAUAUAAUGAAAAAGUCCCAAGUGUAAUAUACUGAAAAAGCACGCGUGUUUAAUGUCUUAUGAGCCAAAAAUCGGUGGAAUAAAAACAUCGUUUUGAGCAAGUGUGUUGAAAUAGGACAUUACGAUACAAGUGCAAAAAAUAGGAAAUUCGAAACGAGUGGCGAUAAAUUAAAACACGACCGAUGGGAGUGUUUUAAAUCGACACGAGUUGCGGAUUACCUAUUCGCACAUGUAUCGUACAACGUUUUACAGUACAUAUGGCCCUUUAAAUGUUCGACAUAGUAACGUAAUAUGCUAAUAUUCGCACUAGUGCGGUAAAGUAGCACCAUAUGUACUGUAAAGUUUUAUGAACAACUGGUGCAAAUUAUAAUUCGUUAACUAAAAUACUACACGUUUUAAUCUAGCCAUGCAUGAUAUGGUAAAUCUUUUAAAUGCAUGUGUAUAUUUUGGGGAUUUAUAGUGUAUUAUGUAGUUUAAUACAUAAUAAAAAUACAAUGACGUCACGUUUUCUGUGACUCUUAGCUUUAUUUACAAAUGAAAAUGCAAAUGCACCAACGUUAAAACACCUCCGAACCAGCUCAAUUGAGUCAAUUAGAUAGCUAUUGUAAAAAGACAAUUUACCUAUCUAGUAAGGUAUAUAUAAUUUGAAUAAAUGAUAAAAAAAUACCAGGAAACCUUGGUAAGGACUGUCAGAAGAUGCUGGUCCAAAAAUAUAAAUACGGUGAAAUAUACACGGUGUAACAGAACCCCAAAGAAACACGUUUUAACCACGCAUUUCCGAGGCCAAAAAAAAAGAGUUUAUGUAAAUUAUUAAUAAUUUAUUAUAUUAGAAAUUUAUAAUAUUUUUUUAUUGUUUCAUUUUUUUUAAUGUAUUUGUACAUAAAAAGUAAUUAUUAUUGGUAAAUCUGGCAUUUAAAAUGGAUUUUCCUGUUUUUUUUUUUCGUAAAAUAUAGUUUUUGCAAAGUGACAAGUAACCACUUUUUGGCAUCUAUCAAUAAGAUUAUUUAGACUACGCCCAAUUAUGGCACUAUCUCCAUUAAAAAGGCGUUUGCACUGAGUGAUAAUGCGGCGAGCGUUUUGGGCAUCUUUGCGCCUGGAAUUUUGUUUUGUGCGCUAGUUCUCGUCCAAUUUUAGGACAAACUUAGUAACGCCAAAAAAAUUAGAGUACCUUUAUCUAUUAUUUUACUCAUAUUAUCUACUUAAGGUUAAUAUUACGUGAUCAUAAAUGAAAUUAUAACGUUUUAAAACAACACUUGCAGAUUGUGCUAUGAAACACGCUGCAGACUUAACUUAGCCCGACCUAAAAACCUAAGUUAAUCGUUGUCACAACUUCCCAUGUGAGUCACCACCGGGUUCUAAACAGGUGGCCGAUUUGUAUUUAAACACGUGCUGAGUUUAGUUAAACAACAGUUUAUAUUAUCACAAAUUGUUGAAUAUCAUUUCCUGCGGUUUACCUAAUUGACAAUUGUCAGCCAUUUUGUAAAGAUGGCGACGUGUCUUUAUACGCUGGUGGCGGCUGUUUUGUGCUGCAGAUUGGUUAAUUCUUCAACUCGAUUCUCGGCUAUCCAGGCAAUUCAAACGGAUUUAUCUCAGAUUAAAAGUGACAUAGCAGAGAUGAUGAGUAGUAUAGACUCCAAAUGGAUUGACCUUGCUGGCAGAAUGAACUCCAUCGAGUCUAGGGUCGGCGCGCUGGAAGAGAAUACACAAUUGAACGACAUGAAAAGUCAACGACGAUCUGAUAAACGACUCGCGAAGGAACGAACAGCUAUAGAAAGCACAGCCUCAGUUCAGAAGAGAAUGCACGAGGCCGACGAGGCCUGCUCACAUCUCGGCCUCGACUAUUAUAGCUGCUAUUUUAAGGAAUUAGGAGCCAUUGACAGCAACGGCCUGUAUGUGGAGGCGGUGGGCGCCCAGCUGCUCGCCGCCAAGUGCAACCGGCUAACGACGGAACAAGUCAAGGAAAUCGCUGAAGAUUGCAAUUCUGUGAAUGAUGAGGAAGACGUUGGCGACACCGUGCGCGCAGAACUCAUGCUCCGCUGCGUCGCCGACAAAGUGGAUCCGGAAGUUUGUGACAUCCCUGUUCCGACUCAAGUUGAAAAGAAGGAGAAGAUUUUACCCGUGGAAGUGGUAGAAUAAGAUAGAGAUAAUCGAUUUGAUUUCAGUGGUACAGUCGGCUGCAGAGACAUGGUACCCUAAUGCAAGUUUGUAUGCAGAAAGCAUACAUCUACUGCAGCCUUUUGUACUUGGGGCCUUUAGAACUAUGUAGUUAUUUUCCUGUUAAAUUGUUCUGGCAUUUUAAGAUACGAACAUGGAGAGUAAACAUCUUACGUAUACCCUACAUUUCUGUUUCAUUUUGAUUACCUACGAUUAACAAUAUUUAGCGUUGUUGAGUGACACCACUGAACUAGCACCAUUACUCUUACGACUAAUUGCGCAGUUAACGGAACGAGACGUGUGAUUUUGGCCAAACUCAAUCAAGAGAGUUCAGUGAGAGAUCCUGGCUAGGGUAGUCAUCCGAGGAACUCCGGUGCCGAACGCAGCGGGCGGA